AUGUUUGACAACAACAACAACAACAACAACAGUAGCAGUGACAUCCCAAUCACAACAAACAACGACGACAACAACGAAGAAACUCACCACAACUACUUCUACAGCAACAACAUCAAAACCAACAACAACACUCUCAUACACUACAAAGAUUUUCUGCCAUGGUCUCCAGCUAACGAUAAUUUCCUUAAAUCCAACUCGCAUUCCGACAACAACUUCAUCUCGAAUAAUGGCGCCAACUUGGCAAUUAACGUCUGCGAUUCUCUUUGGGAAAAAUCUGAAAACUUUACGAAAAUUGUCGAGAGAGCCUCUGAUUGGCUGGCCAAAUCCGAUGGCGCCAUCCAAUUAAAAUCUUGCGAAACGAUCACGUGGAUGACUGAUGACGAAAAGAAGAUGGUGGAUACCGGAAGUGGGAUGGCUCUUGUGGGGUCCAGGAGCUUGGAAGAGGGGAAAAGCACGUACUUUGCUAGAGGGUUGAGAUUGUGGUACUCAUGCAGCUCUGAAAUAAAUUCCUCGACUGCCAUUACCAUCCCCACCAACACCAACAACAACAACAUCAAUAACAACAAUAACAUGAAAAUAAAGACAAACAAACGUCAACAGCAGCAACAACAACAGCAACAGCAACGUCACGUGACAUUAUAUCAUACUGACGUCAUACCGGAAAAGUUUGAGAGGAUUCAGGAUCUGGUCGUCAGGAUGAACAAAAAAAUAAAUAACAAAAACGUCAAAGGUAAAAUAAUCUCCAUGGAGACGGUAAACGUUCCAUUGCGUCAUAACCACCCCCAGUGUCACGUGACUAAGUGGAGUGAAGAGGUCAAGGUCGACAGCUGCCAGGUGCAGAUUCUAAGGGUCUAUCUCUUGAAGGAGAGUGACAAACAGCAGACCCUCUACGCUGAACAGCCCCAACAGCUCCACAAGUUGAAUAUAGGUAUUAAAGAUUUCUUACCCCAAAAAACGAAAUCGGGGUACGAACCAUUUGAAAUGUUCUUAAAAAGGCUGAACGACUUUUUAAAGCAAGACAACAUUGAAAAUAUCAAGACAGCCACUACUGCUGCUACUACCGAUGACACUACUGCUUCUAAUACUACUACUACAACUACUGCUGCUAAUACUAGUGGAGAUGAUAAUGUAUUAAUUAUCGUUUGCAAUUUGCAGUCACUGUUAGUUCAGAAGAUUCAAGAUCCUCGAAACGAAUCAGGUCCCAUAUCCUAUUUCACCAUUCCAGGAAUAAGCAACAGCAACAACGAUGAAAAUCAACAACAACCACAACAGCAAAGCAACAGCAACCACGUGACUUACACGUUAAAUCAUGUUUCGAACAACAACAACAACGCUUUCAUCAAUAGCAUCAACAUGGACGACAACGAUUUCAGAAGUCGUUCUGUUGAGAUAUUCCGCAUCUUAAGACUCUACUAUUUCACUGAAAAACAGUCAAAAAAGUCCUCAAAAUCGCAAAAUGCCAGUAACAAAAAAUCAAAAAAGGCCGCGAAAACCAGCAUCGCCGACGGUCAAAUCGGCAAAAUUCGAACGAUAAAAGUUCAAUAUCCGUUCGAUUCCGUGACGUACGAAUCUUUCAUUCCGGAAAUGGUACAUCACUCUGACGUCAUCAUCUGCAUUGGAGAUUGCCAGGUCAAUCAAGGUGAUGGAGACACUGUUGAUGGCGUAAGCAAGAGCUGCAAAUGUUUUGGCGGGAGUUUUGAAACGAUCGAUGUUCUUAUGAAGAGAAUUGCAGAUUUCCUCAGAGUUUACGCUCAUGAAGUAGUAAGCGUUGAAACGGUCAUCAAUCCAAUGUCUCUGUACUAUCCAGAGUAUCAACAUCAACAACAGACAAGACAACAACAGCAACAUCAACAACAACAACAACAAUUAUAUUUGUAUACUAUCCGAUUAUACCUAACACAACAACAACAGCAGAUGAACAACAUCUCCGAUCAACAGGACAAAGAGAAUCUAACAUUGUUGCCUAAACAACAACCGCAAACCUCAACAGUAGAUCAGCAGCAAGAAAAAGAGCAGCUACUACAGCAGCAGCAACAGCAGCAGCAGCAAGGGGCGAUUUUUUUGGGCAACGUGGUAACCAGGCAGUUUAAAUAUCGGUGGCUGGCCCUUGCGAUAUCGGCGUUCACUUGCAUGGCGGUCAUCGUCACCGUCAGCGUGGUUUAUAGUAAUCGCUAG